AUGGUGAAGUUCAACCAGCGCUUCGACUACUACGAGCUCUUAGGCAUCGAACCGGAAGACCUCUUAGACCUCGACCUCGAUGACGCAGAACGCUAUGUCGAAAAGGCUUACAAAGAAACGGCGAGGAGAAUCCACCCGGACAAAGUCAGAGUCGCCGGCCUGAGCGAAGCCGAAGCCAAAGAGAAACAAGACGAAGCCACCGCAAAGUUCCAAGAGCUCCAAAAGGCCUACGACGUCAUCAAAGACCCCAUGCAGAGAGGCGACUAUGACUUGUACCGCAAGAAAAACUUCACCCCGGAAACUUUCAAACCCAACCUCGUGCCCACCGAGGGCCUCAGAUUCUCCGGCUACUCCAACGAGGGCCGGGGAUUCUUCAAGGUGUACGGUGACGUUUUUGAGAAGAUAUACGCCAACGAGGUUGCUUUUCAAGAGGAGAAGAAGUUGCCGCCGGAUUCAGUGAUCAAGCCGCCGGAGAUAGGGGACGAACACAGACCCUAUCCGGCGGUGGUGCAGUUCUACAACUACUGGCUCAACUUUGGGACCAUAAUGGACUUCACGUGGGAGGAUCCGCACGACGAGUACGACUUGGCGGCGGCGCCUACCAAGAAGGGAGUGGCGGUGAUGCGGAGGAAGAACAUAAAGGCCAGGAAGAGGGCUAAGAAUGAGUAUAAUAAUAAAGUGAGGAGGAAGGAGUUUAAGAGCGAGAAGCAGUGCUUGAAUCACGAGAUGUCGAAGAAGCAUAGGGAUAUGGUAGCAGUAUUGAUGGGGUUGAAGCACCGCGAUUUGGUUGAGGAGGUCUUGGAGUUGAUGGAGGAGGAGGGAGAUGAGGAUAAGGAACCUGAGCAUGAUGGUGUAGAUGAGGUUUUGGAGGGAGAAGGUGAAGAAGAAAGGGAGAGUGAGAGUGAAGAUGAGGUAUCCGAAUGUGUUGAUGAAAAUCCGAAAGAAGAGGUUGGUGAAGAAGUUGUUGAUGGUGAUGAAGAGGAAGAAGAGGAUAAGGAGGAUGAUGAGAUGGAAGUUCUUGAAGCAAUGGUGGCGAGGCGAAAGACUAGUGUAAAAGUUGGUGAACCAAUUUUUGAGCCCAUGGCAACCAUCAUUGAUGUAGAGGAGGAUGAGGUGGAUAUGGAGCACGAGGAGACAAAGAACAUGGAUGAGAAUGGAGGAGAGAAGAAACAGAGGAGGAGGAGGAGUGUGAAGAGUACUAGAAUCAAUGAACAUGAUGAUAAGAAGGAAUCAAAAUCAGAUUCUAGUGCGGAAUCUUGCGUUGACAAUGGGAGUGAAGAUGAGCAGAAGAGAAAGAAGGGAGGGAAGAAAGAGAAGAGGAGUAAAAGGAAUACCAAAAGUAAUGGUGAGAGUGAGGAUUCUGGUGUAAAGAAUUCCAAGUCUAGUAAUAGGAUAAGGUAUGCAGGGAAGAAGAGUAGAGGUGAUUUUGCCAAACAUUAA